AUGGCAUCUGCUGCCGAACCUCUCCCAGCUGUCAAGUGUGAUAGGCGAGCUCCCUGCGCCAACUGUGCCGAUGCUGGUGCCGAGUGCCGCCGCUUGCGCCGCCCACGCUCGUUGAGGAAGAGAUCAUUUCACAGCUUUCUAGGGCCGCAGGAGAGCAUAGUAGACUUUGAGGGGAACUUGUCCGGUGCCCAAAGAUGCUCCCCGGGCACUGCAUCUUCUGCGAGAGAUAAUAGUCCUAGACCGCUCGGGAAUCAUGCUUCCAACGCAGAAGGGAGAUCUCCCAGCCCUGCUGCUCCCUCGACCCCAAGCGAUGACGGCUCAGACUACCUUGCGAUCCAGGCGCGAAAGGUGAUCCAAAUAGAUCUUCACAACCCUCGUUCUGUUAGCCGCGAACGACAGGCGUUGCUCAAGUCGGCGCUCCAGCUGGUGGGCAGCAUUGCCGACAGUGAGCCUCGUCAUGGCUUUCCUGGAGUCGAGGGAGAGUUCAGGCCAUCCGGUUCGCCCUGGCCAGUCCUACAGGCGCCGCCUCGCGAGCUGCUAUUCAUGCUUCUCCCUGGCCCGCCAGAGUCUAUGCGCAUUCAGUGGCCCGAUCACAUAUCCGACCGGACGUACGCGAGAAUGGCGGCGGAUUUGCUCCGAGAUCAAGCUGAUCGCGCCAACCAGAAGUUUCAUCAGUUCUGUGUCUGCAUCUAUGUAAAGGCGAUUUUCCAUCUUUAUCAGAUUGCACGCACGGUGGACGAAGGCCUUCUGAGAGGGGAGAUGUCAAAGUCUAGAGCCGCCUACAUUGCAGCGGCGAUGCGCAGCAUUGAGUGUUUCAACAUAUGCAGCCCGCCGGAUCUUUCAUCCAUACAGUGUCUGAUUUCAAGUGCGUUGCUCAUGCAGCACUUGGGAAGAUUCAAUCAAUGUUGGCUCUUCGUCUCAUACGCUGCUCGGCAGAUCACUGCUCUUAACUACCACAAGAUCCAUAGACUACAGGCCAGCUCUGAUUCAAAGCAGGAAAUCCACAGCGCUGUUUACUGGUGCUAUUAUCUAGACCGGACUUUGAGUUCUCUUCUAUGUCGACCUCCUUCGCUGCCAGACUUCGGAGCUUCCCCUACGGAUCUUAUAGUCCUGGAGCCUUCAUCGCCUUACAAUGGUCUCUUACGUGUUCUGCUCGAUCUCGCACAGGUCCAGAGCAAGCUGCAUUCCUUGUCAUGUAGUUGCAGAACUGAAUCUCCUGGUCAGGCUCGCGAGAUAUGCCGAGAGCUCGAAUCGACAAUGCGUACGGCCAUCCUCCCACUUCUGCAGUCGAACCGCGACCUGCACCCCAAGAUGGUCCAGUACGACUGGGUCUGCGUCGACUUCUGCUACCACGCCAUCUUCGUCGAGAUCCACCGCACCCGCCUGAAGAGCGAUUUCAGCCCAGCCAUCCAUCAGGAGUGUCUUCUGUUCGCUCGCAAGUCGCUCCGCGCCUUCCACUUCCUUCAGCAGCAUUCUGCCGCAAUGCCCGGCUUCGACGACCCGACGCUGUUGCUCUACCCCCUCAGCGCCUUCUUCGUUGUCUUCUGCAACAUCAUUGCAACGGUGGAUCAGGACGACUACAAACUCAUGGCGCAGAUUAUUCAGCGCUUGGAACCGUUCAGCCAGGAUCCGCAUCUGUGCAAACUGUUGAAUCUGCUACAACGGCUCCAGCGUCUUUGCCAGCCCUUGUUUCAACAACACCUCCCCAGCGCUGUCUCCGACGAUGUUCCCACCUACAGCGACGCACCGGCCACCGAGAUUGCGUCGAUUGAUCCUGCCAUCAACCCGGCUACUACCGGCGCCCUGCCCUCGAUGGUCGGAUUCGGAGAUAACAUGGGGCUUGCCCAGGACACCGCGGUCGACAAUUCGGCAGACUGGCUCAUGUGGCAGCUCUUCAAUAGCCAGGUUCCAGCCGGGUGGUUCAGUCAAGAGGCUGGCUCUUUUGAUGUAUGA